AUGUCCGAUCCCAACAAUAUGAGUGGAGCAGAGAUUUCUGAAAAGAGUCGAGGAUAUCUAGAAGACGAUCCAUCAUUCGAUUGGGAAGGAUAUUGGUCGCAAGCCACAGACGUUUUCGCGGAUGGAUCGAAAGGCUGUUCGUCCAAAAAUCAUAUGCUCGCUGCAAACCCAACAAAGCAACUUGUAUCGUUAUUCGAGUCAAAGGGCGGUGAAGGAGAACAUGGUGUUAAUCCAAAUAUAUUCUCAAGAGACUUAUUUAAACAAGUGCUGGAGAAUCCUAUAGCUGUGAAAAAAUUCUCAGACUCACUAGGCUCAGAUUACAAUGCCAAGAACUCAUUAGAGUUUUAUCUUGCAUUACAAAAGAUGGAAAGGACGUAUACGCUGUUACGAAAAGACAUUGAUCACAUUUGGCUGUCACAUUUUCAACCAAAAGCAGCAGCCCCGAUAUUCGUUAAAGAGGUGCCUGUAACUGUUUACGGAACAGACAUAACAGAUUACAACGACAUGUUGCAAGGGAUACUUGCGAAGAAUCCUUUUGCAAAAGCUUCUACUGAAGCAUUUGAGUUUAUCUUUGAAGACACAUUCCAAAAAUUCGUCCAGAACCAAUUGGCAACAAUCGCAAACCAGACCUUAUCUCCCGACACACCUGCAGUCCAGCCGGAAUUAUCGCGAGGAUUUGAUGGACUGGGUGAUACAUUCUGUUUAUCGGACCCAGGAUUGAAGGACUGUCCCAUUACGUUGGUUUCUGAUGGAUUUUUAAUGCUGACUGGAUAUGAACGACAGGAUAUUGUGGGACAUAAUUGUCGAUUCUUGCAAGGUGAACAGACCAAUCCUGCCCAUGUGCAGGUUAUUCGGGAUGCUGUUAUUCGACAGAAGAGAUGUACUCAGCUGUUGCUAAACUACCGUAAAUCGGGCGAACCCUUCUGGAACCUCCUACACAUGGAACCCGUAUACGACUCCUCCGACCACUUCAAAUUCUUCCUGGGCGGUCAAGUAGACGUAUCAGAAACCCUUGACAUGAGCAACUUCCGUCUCGUAAUCACCGCCGACGCUUUCGUAUCACACACCAAAGAAGGAUCAACACCCAAUGGCACCGUCGUGGCUGCAUCAGCUGCACUAGCAGCAGGACAAGUUGCCAAUGCAACAGUUAGUGAUCAAAUCAAGAGGAUAUUCAGGAGAUUCUCUGGCAAGAAUGGGCAUCAGAAGGAUGACAAGUCGCGUCCAUUCCCUGGAACGGAGAGUGGAAGCAAUUCGGUGCCUGAUUCUGCUGCUGAUCUUGUGGCUGAAGGUGCUACGUCGGAUUUGACUGCUACUGCCAAGAAACUCGCCUCAGUCUACGCCUUCACCAUCCUAAUCGACUUUAAAGCAAACCCCGAAGAACUCGGUGUAAUCUACUACGGCACAGCCGGUAUCCCGCACCUAAACAAGCUGAUUCCGACACUCUCAACGACCAUAUACGGCAAAACAAUCAAGGAAGUCUUCUUCCCCAACGGUGAUUCCCCAUCCUCAGGACGUCUUGAUCGAGCAUUUACACAAGCAGUUGCCAAACCAGUCAGUGCAUCAUUCGAUACCGGACGAGCAGCUGGGUUCUUGUUUGCUACACCGUUGAAGAAUGGGUUGGGACAGGCUAGCAUGUGGGCUAUUGUUAUUUCGUUGCAGGAUGAUUUGUCAAAGCCUACUAUUCGGAUUUAA